AAGUAACUAUGAUCCAGAGGCCGAACUGGGACGAAUAACUUAUUCUAAUGAAUUAUAAACUUAAUAGGGCAUGCUUUAUCAAAUUGCAUUGAAUUGCACGGGGGUCAUGUUUUGCAGACUUGCAAUGUGGUUAACACUAAAAAAAGGAAGGAAAUGAAGAACAACUCAGGUUGAAGAACGUUUUUCAUGCCUGCACACAUACCAGCGUCUGAAAUGAAGCUCCUCAUGCUUGUGGCUAUUCUGUCAGGUGCUGCAGCCCUUUCUGGACCAGACCAGGUGAACGGCUUGCUUCGGGAAUCAGUGACUAUCCAGUGUCGUUAUGGCAAAGACUACAAGGACAGUGUGAAAUACUGGUGUAAAGGACUCACCCAGACCUUCUGUGACACUGUGGUAAGAUCUAAUGGCCUUCAGACAAACGACACCAUCUCCAUCAGUGAUAAUAAAACUGAAGGAGUGUUCACUGUAACUAUGAGGGAUCUGAGAGAAGAGGAUGAAGGAUGGUACUGGUGUAGAAUAGAAAGAAGUGGCUAUGAUGAAGGCACUUCAGUGUAUCUCACUGUCAACAAAGACAUGGUGACUGGCUGGAUUCAGGGACUGGUGACUAUCCAGUGUCGUUAUGAUAAAGGCUUUAAUGACUAUUUGAAAUACUGGAGUAAAGGAAGGAUUUUUAAAGACAGUACUGUUCUGGUGAAAACGGAUGAGACCAAGACACCAAACAGGAUCUCCAUCAGUGAUAAUAAAACUGAAGGAGUGUUCACUGUAACUAUGAGGGAUCUGAGAGAAGAGGAUGAAGGACGGUACUGGUGUGGAAUAGAAAGAACUGGCUAUGAUGAAGGCACUUCUGUGUAUCUCACUGUCAACAAAGGAACGUUGAAACCAACCGCUAAGACAACAACAACAACAACAACAACAACAACAACAACAACAACACCAACUGCUACAACACCAACACCAACAACAGAAAGAACAGCCCCAGCCACUGCAAGCACUGCUGUGAACACCUCUUCAUCUCCUGGACAAACAGGACCCACUACUUCACAAGAUGCCAGUAAUUUACUGAUAAUUCUUUCAGUCGUCUGUGGAUGCCUGCUAUUCUUGUGUGUGUUUUGUCUAAUUAUCAGGAUGAAGAUGAACAGGGAUAAACAAAAAGGGGCCAUAAGGAGCAGCACACCACCUUCCGUAACAUAUACGACAGUAAGAUUUCAGAACAAUGCACAGACGCCAGCAGGUGACGGAAUCUAUGCAAAUGUGAACCCUUCCCAGAGGCAAACCGAAGCACCGCAGAGGUCUGAGUCUGUGGAGUAUUCCGUCCUUGCAUUCUGAUUCUGAGGACUGUUCCAUUGAUAUUGACUUGACCAGCAGUCACACAGAGGCGCAGUUUGGAAAACACCAAGAGUCCAGUGGGGUUACUGUCAUGGGGGAAUGUCCCCAGAGUGCCUGGAUGUUAAUCCAGUCCUGGGACCCCUGCAUGAAGUGCUUGAAUCACAGAAACUAUACCUCCUUGUGUGAAUAGCUGGUUAGCAGGAAAUGAACACGUUAUCGUUAAGUGCACUGUAAAUGGCAUAUAGCUGUUGCCUUCAAUAUUAUUUUCAAUUAGUUAAUAAAUACAACACAGUAAAUAGUGUGCCUUUUUAGAUUUGUUUUCAGAGAUACUCACCUCAGUCACCAUGACAAAGUGGGUUAUCAACUAAAUGCUUUAUUUCGGCAGUGGGUUCAUUUUUCAGGAUUUGGUUUGUAUUGAUGAUUAAUUAAAUUGCUUUUUUAUAGUUUAUUUGUGUAUGAUAUCUUAAUCAUUAUUCAAGAAUUGUAUGACUUUUCUGACAAUUCUAUCGCCUGUGUAGCAUUGAUUUGGUUUAAUCUGUUCAUAUCUCUGAUCUAUUGUAUCUGUGUAGCUGUGCUACCAGGCCUAGCUGAGGAUUACUGCUUUCACUAUGCUAGUAACGCUUUUGUAUCUCUGUCUUGAUAUACAACUUUUGUACAUGCUGUUGAAAUAAAAUAUAUAAAUACAUAAUAA